AUCUUUCCUCGCUGAUUUGGCGCGAGACUUUUGACUGUUCGGAACCAGCUUUUGAUACAGAAGCUAAAAAAACAACUUCAUACUUAUGAGAAGUCUCUUUACUGAACACACCGCCUGUAACUCAGCACGACAUCCACUAAACAACCUACUUUGAACAUCCGGUUGAUUCCAGUGAACUUUCACCCUUCAAGCUGGCUGAUGGUGAACAAACUUGCUCAGAAUGAAUUGUGAGCUUUUGGCAACGUGCAGUGCCCUGGGAUACCUGGAGGGAGACACCUAUCAUAAGGAAGCUGACUGCUUAGAGAGCGUGAAAGACUUGAUCAGGUAUCUGCGCCAUGAAGAUGACACCCGUGAUGUCCGCCAGCAGCUGGGGGCAGGCCAGAUUGUACAGAAUGACCUUCUGCCCAUUAUUGUACAGCAUGGACAAGACAAGGCUUUAUUUGAUGCCUGCAUUAGGCUCAUGGUCAACCUUACUCAGCCUGCCAUGCUUUGCUUUGGGAAGAUCCCUGAUGACCCUGUCUUCAGGCAUCACUUUUUACAAGUGACAUCACAUUUACAAGAUUACAAAGAGGCGUUUGCCAGUGAGAGCGUCUUUGGGAUUUUAAGUGAAAUAUUAUACAACAUUCUACAACUGGACUGGGAGCAGAGGCAAGAGGAGGAUAACCUGCUGAUAGAGAGGAUCCUGCUGCUAGUCAGGAAUGUGCUUCACGUACCUGCAGACCCCUGUGAGGAGAAGAAAGUGGAUGAUGAUGCCAGUGUCCACGAUCGGCUGCUGUGGGCCAUUCAUAUGAGCGGCUUUGAUGACCUGAUCAAGUUCCUGGCGUCCGCUCAGAGUGAGCAGCAGUGGAGCAUGCAUGUGCUGGAGAUAAUCUCCCUCAUGUUCAGAGACCAGACACCAGAAGCUUUGGUGAGCGCUGGUCAUGCUCGUUCUGCAGAAGAGAAGCAUAGAGACUCUCAGGAGCUGGAGGCCCUGAGGCAGAGAGAGCAUGCAGCAAAACGUUCUCGCACUUUACAAAGAGGAACCAGACACUCUCGCUUUGGAGGCUCCUAUGUUGUCCAAGGGCUGAAGUCCGUCGGGGACAAAGAUGUGAUUUAUCACAGAAAUAUUCAUAAUUUCAAAAAUUACACUCAUGACACGGGCAAAGCAGUGAGACGUGUUCCGAGGAGGAAUCGACAAGCUCAGGAGUGUAAAGACAAACGCCGCUCAGCUUUAAAUGUUCGACUCUUCCUGCGAGAGUUUUGUGUGGACUUCUUAGAGAACUGCUACAAUCACCUCAUGUACCUCGUCAAGGAAAGUCUCAUUCGAGAGCAAACCCAGCAACAUGACGAGACGUACUUCCUCUGGUCACUGAGCUUUUUUAUGGCUUUCAACCGUGGCAACGGUUUCCGUGCUGACUUAGUGUCUGAGACAGUCUCCAUCCGGGCUUUCCAUUUUAUUGAGCGCAACAUCACCAACUACUACGAGAUGAUCCUCACAGAUCGCAAAGAGGCAACAUCUUGGUCACGCAGAAUGCACUUGGCGCUUAAGGCGUACCAGGAACUGCUGCUGACAGUGAAUGAGAUGGACCGCUCCCAGGAUGAAAGCAUCAUACGGAGUUCCAACGUUAUCAAAAGUAACAUAUUCUACCUGAUGGAAUACAGGGAGAUAUUUCUGACCCUGCUGAGGAAGUAUGAUGAAACCAAACAACCUCACUCUUACCUCAAAGAUUUGGUGGAGUCAACUCAUCUUUUCUUGCGUAUGCUAGAGCGCUUCUGCAAAGGCCGCAACAACUUGAUGGUUCAGAAAAAGAAGGUAAGGCGGAAAAAGUCACACGGUAAAAAAAAGCAGCAAGCAACAGAUGCUAGUCCAGAGGCCCUUGAAGAGACCUGGAAGAUUGUGGCGGAAGAGCUUAGGGCAAUCAGUUUCCAGCUGUCAGAGUCUUUAACUGAAAGCAUCGUGCCAUUUGACGCAACAUCUGAAACUCCUCUUGAGGAGCAGCGGACCGAGGCCAUGGUGCGGGUGAAGGAUUCCCUGCUAGCUCGACUCGGGCCAGAAGCACUGGGACUGCUGCGUGCUGCCAGGGAGGUGUGGCCAGAGGGAGAUGUGUUCGGCUCAGUCGAUGUAGAACCUGAAGAGGAACUGGAGCUUCUUAAGCAGAUUCUUCAUGCCAACCUACCUAGGUCCUCUCCCCCGGAGCCUGUGGUAGAUGAUGAGGAUGAUGGAGCAGAGUCAGAAGUAGAAGAAGAGCUGGAGACUAUCCAGAUAUCUGAAAAAGAGUUCAACUUUCUAGACUUUAUCAAGAGGUUUGCAGGCCCUGGCAUUGUGCGUCCAUAUCUCCUCCUGUUAAAAACCUACUCAAAAAACACACCUCACACAAACCACUGCAUCGCUCGCAUGCUGCACCGUUUGGCUGUUGACCUGAAAAUGGACGCCCUUCUUUACCAGCUGUCAGUCUUCAACCUUUUCAACAAGAUCCUGAGCAACCCCGCUGCAGCUGCUUACAAGGAGCUGGUGACCUUUGCCAAGUUUGUGAUGAACAGGUUCUUUUCACUGGCGGCGAAAAACAACAAGGCAUUCAUUGAACUUCUUUUCUGGAAGAAUGUGGGGGCUGUACGGGAGAUGACCGAGGGCUACAGUAAAGACGGAGAGGGAAAGAAACCAUCAUGGACUGAAGAGGAGGAAGAGGAGUUGCGCAAACUCUAUGAGGAGCAUCGUCAUUCUGAAGUGCCUGAUAUAGUGGAGACCCUGCUGCCAUUGCUUAGCAACACUAAUCGCACUCGGCGCCAUGUAGUGGUACAGCUGGUGCACAUGGGUCUGGUGGACAGUGCUAAAGAACUGAAGAAACCGAAGAAAGGCACUAAUAUUGUUCUUUGGACUGAGGAGCAGGAACAGGAGCUGCAGAUGCUCUUUGAAGAGUACAGAGACUCUGAUGAUGUGCUGGGUAACAUCCUGAAGAAGCUAACAGCUAAAAGGUCCCGUGCACGAGUGGUGGACAAGCUGCUCAGUCUGGGUUUGGUGUCUGAGAGACGAGAACUUUAUAAGAAGAGGAGUCGGACCACUCAGGGGAAAAGCUCGGGGAAACAAAUGACUGAAGAGGAGUUCCUAGAGAGUCUAUGUGAAGAUUUACCGGAUGAUCCUGUGGACAGAGUUGAUGAGGAUGGUGGAGAGGACGAGUCUGAUGAGAGUGAAGAAGAGGAAGAAGAGGAGGAGGAGGAGGAGGAGGAGGAAGAAAGAGAAAAAUCCCCAGUAGGGAAGAGAGCUGAUGUCAGCACCAUGGUGCGGGCUCUACAGCAGGAGGGCAUGUCUGGACCCAUGAUGUGGCUUCAGAGGUGUCUUCACAAAACUGCAAAUGACCGUCAAGAUGAUGGCUUGUCUCUGGCUGUGCCGCUUGUUCCUCUGACUGAGGAAAAUGAAGACGCCAUGGAAAGCAAGAGCUUCAGGAGGCUGCUGCAAAAACUGGGAAUACGAGCGCCUGCAAAUGAACAGGAGCGCUUCUGGAGGAUCCCAGAAAAGAUAAGUGUGUCCCAGCUCCGAAGUGCAGCUGCAGCUCUUAGUCCAAGAGACGAGGAACCCAAAGAAGACGAGGAGCAAAAUGGUUCUUUGACUUUAACCAAAGACACUCAGGAGGAGGAGGAGGAUAAUGAGGAGGAGGAUGAGAAGGAGGAGGAGAAGGAGGAGGAGGAGGAGGUCUCAAGUGAACGGAGAGCUCAGGCUCUCAGAGCUCUUCUGCACACACGCAAGAAGAAACACCACACCUCAGAGCAGACAGCCCCUGUGCCAGAAGCCACUCCUGUUGAGGACACAGAAAGUACACCUGAGAGAUCCCAGGAGAAGACCUCAGUGAAAAGAAGCAGAGUUCUGGAUGAUGAUGAAGAUGAUGAAAAUGACUCAGACAAUGCGAUGCAUGUGGAGACCAACGGGGAUGCAGGUUCAGACGAGGAGGAGGAUGUCUCUGCUCCUGUGAAGCGCAGACGCAAGAUGGUAUUAAUCGAUGACGAGGAAGAUGAGGAUUAGUGAAUUUCUUUAAUGGACUGUAAAAAGCUGCGGGCAAGGGAGACAUAAAAGGUGGCGCUCUGGAGGAAACUGUUAAUGGACCACCAAAAAGCACAUAGAAUUGGACCCUCAGGCCUGUCCCUAAGGAUACAUAGAUCCUAUUAAGCAAUUUUCUUUUGACCUGUCUUCAGUAUUCAGAUGACUGGAGCUUUCACAUAGUUAUAAUCAGUCAUUGUUGUUGUUAUUAAUCAUUUCCAGCAUGGAUAUCUCUGGAAUACUGCUGAUUGAGAAAGUUCAAACUUCCAUUUUCAGUUAUUACUGUUUGAUCUCAUCUUUUUUCAGGACGUUGUGUAAUGGUGUCACAUGUUGUAUCAAUCCAAAAUUGUUGUACUUUCUGACCAUUUCCUGGCUGAGUUUAGAUUCAGGAGUAUAGUUUGUGUCUAUGUAUUGUUCAAAGAAUAUAUCUGUUUUCAUAAUAUGGA